AACCUGCAAUCCAGUCUCAUCACUAUGAACAAAAGCACUGCUCUCGCAUUUUGCUUUUUCCUUCUGCUGCUAAGAGGGACACAAGGAAGUCCUCUCUCUAGGACAGUGCGCUGUACCUGCAUCAAGAUAAGUGAUGGAACUGUUAAUCGACAGUCUUUAGAAAAACUUGAAAUUUUUCCUGCGAGCCAAUAUUGUCCAAAGGUUGAGAUCAUUGCCACACUGAAAAAGAAUGGAGAGAAGAGAUGUCUGAACCCAGAAUCUAAGGCCAUCAAGAAUUUGUUGAAAGCAAUUAGAAAAGACAGGUCUAAACCAUCUUCUUAAAACCAGAGAGAAGCAAAUUCCUGCAUACUAAUAAGAAUGGACCAAAGAGGCUGCCUCCCCAUCACAUCUCUACACAGAGGCUAUGUCAAGUCCUGAUUGUCCCUGGUGUGCAGUUCUCUUAAAAUGUGACUAACCAGAGUCACCAGGCUAGCUGCUACUCCUACUGCAGGAGGGGAUGGUUCAUCAUCCCAGAGAAAAGUAAUUGUGGUAACAGAGUUCCUACCUCUGUGACUAACCCCAGUGAUGACUGUAAGCUAUGUUGAGGUGCUAUAUUCUUGGCCAAUACCAAGUCUCAGCCCUACUCUUGGCAUUAUCUUUACCUCCCCUGUCUCUGAGGAUUGUCAAGGAAUCUUUCCACUUAUUAGUUUACCAGUUUGGUCUCUAGAAACUGGAAAACAUGCAGUUAUAAUGCCACCUAUGUUUCUAAGAACAUCUUAGUUUCAUAAGCUUCUACUACUACCUUGUCCCCAAAGGACCACACACUUUUCUAACUCCAGAUAAACAGAGGAAGCUAGAGAUGUUUGGAAAUGUAUGUGUAAAUAUUAUUCAAUGAAAGAUUGUACAG